AUUAGCGUAGAACUAAGUAAAAUGGCCUUCCGGAAGACUAUAUUAUACCUGUUCGACGUAGACGGCACGCUAACGAAACCCCGGCAAGUAAUUACAGAGGAGUUUAAAAUAUUUCUGCUCGAAAAAGUAAAGCCGAAUGUAUCUAUUGGCCUUGUCAGUGGUUCGGAUUAUUCUAAAAUCGUUGAACAAAUGAGUGGAGAGCAUGUAACUAAUCAGUUUGACUAUGUUUUCUGUGAAAAUGGUGUUAUGCAUUACCAGCAAGGCGUGCUCAAAAGUACUCAAAGUAUUUUACAGUACAUUGGCGAGGAAACUUUACAAAAAGUCAUAAACUAUUCACUAGGGUACAUGUCUAAGUUGCAGCUUCCAGCUAAGAGAGGUAACUUUGUUGAAUUCCGAUCUAGUAUGAUCAACCUUUGUCCUGUUGGACGCUCCUGCACUCAAGCAGAGCGAGAAGAGUUCUCACGCUAUGAUAUAGAACAUAAGGUCAGAGCAAAAUUUGUUGAAGCAUUACAAAGAGAAUUUCCAAAUUCAAAAUUAACAUUUGCACUCGGUGGCCAGAUCAGUGUAGAUGUAUUUCCAACUGGAUGGGAUAAAACUUACUGUCUCCAACAUGUAGCUGAUGAGAACUUUGAUGAGAUACACUUCUUUGGAGACAAGACUACACCUGGUGGUAAUGAUCAUGAAAUUUACAAUGAUCCCAGGACUAUUGGCCACAAAGUUGCAUCACCAGAGGACACACAAGGGCAGUUGAAACAGUGCCUUAGUAUUCACUAACAUUUUACUUAAUGUAAAACUUUCAAUAUUGUCAUGCUUAUUAAUAGUUAAAUGCACGACGUUUUAUUUUAACUUGAGUAUGAAGCAGAAAAUGUAUUGUUAAUUUUAUUUAAGAUCAUAUUUAUUUAUAAG